ACAUAAAACUCCAAGGGGCCAUAGAUGCUGGAUCAUUUUGGAAAGUCUGUUCAUCCUGCGCUCCAGUCGCCCUCACGAGCUGAACCAGGGACGGAUAGGAAAACCCCGCAGCUGAACGCGAGCGCCGGCCUUCACUCCCCGUCCCCGUCUCGUCUGGUCCGAUGAGAGGUGUUGCUAAAGGAUUAAUGAGCUAGAAAGGCACCCAGCUUCUUCUCCGAGGCUCAUUUCGGCGUUUUUCGGCUUUACGCCUGGACUGCCUUUCACCUCCCCCCUUUCUUAUUCACUUCAUUUGAGGAUACCUGUACCUCUACUGAUGGUAAGCGCUUCUCUGCUUCACACAUUUCCACAGAAAAAGAGACCCAGCGGGGCAGCUUUAGGAAACUGAACCUGUUGAGCGAGACAGGAGGAAUCACGGUGACAGCUCGGGACUUUAAGAGUUUUGUUCUUGAGUGAUAUUGCGUGGACUUUAGGGAGAGUUUUGGCAGAGCAGAAAUGAACAGAAAUACUCAUGUGUAGAACCGUUUAGCCUAGAGUAUUAAGAGUGGAGCGCGGAGAAAGGGGAAUAGGAGCAUUUGGGGACGAAGGAAAGCGAAUCGAUCCAGAUGGAGAUCGUAACAGGCUUUUGUCCCGGAGAGUUGAGCACGGACAAACUUAAAACGUGAGGUCAUUCACAAACAUUAUCCAGUUUUUUUCUUCCUUUAAAGUUAGAUUAAAACCGUCUACUAAAGUUUGGCUCAGACUUUGGCGCAUUAAACACCUGUAUCUGCUUCGUGCGUAAUGUUGAAGAUGGAGAGGUCUGCCCAGAAUUUGAGCAAGAAUGGGAUCAUUGCUAAAACUCAGAUUGAUUUUUAAACUGUAAACCCAUCCUGAAACGCAUUGUUAAAAAAAUCUUUUUGUAAUUUAUUGAUAUUUCUGAUCACAUAUGAGAAAAUGAGCAGGAAAACGAAGCGCAAACAAACGCAGAGCGCAGGGUUAGUGGGCUAAUUCUUAAUCAGAAUCGACAUAUAAAAGGCUCAGCUGCUUUCUAAGAUGCUUUCCCCUGAUUUUACUCAGCACCUGUUUAGUAAGAGGACCGGGGUGAAAAUGUGUCAUGUUAUACAGUGACAUAAACGCAGCAGCAGAGAAAACAUUUUGCGGCCUGCAGGCGCAUGGCGUCUUUGGCACACUCCUCAACUUUUCAGCUCAAGUUUCGCCUCCAUGCGAAUGAAACACUUGCCACUCGAAUUACCACCGAAUUCAACAACUUUAACGCAUACUAAAAACUCCUUGCAGUUAUUACUCUUAUUUAAACAUUAGUAGUAUGAUAUUAAACGUUAAUCCAUAUUGAUCAAAGUCAACAUGGACUCAUAAGUCAAACAAAUCUCAGAGGAGUUUCCAGCUAACUUAUCUCCUUGUCUGAGAACAUAAACCAGCUAACAAAAGCAUUAACCUGAUUUAAGUGAUCUCACUGACUGUGAAUGUUCUUGCUGCUCAACUGCUCACUAGAAGCAAAUAAAACUCCAAACCUGCACUGCUGCACAACAACUCACUUUACAAGUCCCUGUUUUAUUUCUGUCAACACAGAUGGGGAUAUUGAACAUGAUUAGACCCACAUGCUGAAAAUAAAGCUACAAGUAUAAUUCGGUGUCCUUUCAGCUCUUCUUUUAUCAGGUACUAAACUUACAAUUCAAGUUAUUUGUUAUUUUUAUAACAUAUUGAAGAUAUUAGGGUGAUUAUUUAUAUCAAAUGAGCUGCAGAUCCUGAGGCUCACUUCCACUAAACACAGGGAACAUAAUACUACGAUUCCCAUGACCGUUAAACGAUUAAUCCACAUUCAUGAUGAUAAAACCAGGCCAGAGGUUUGGCUGUUCGCUUGGUAACCUGUUGCCCUCCUUACUUCCUCCCUCUUUUUCUCUCACCCCCCACCCCUCUCUCUCUCUCUCUCUCUCUCCUUCCAGUUUUCCCUCCCACCAUCACUGUCAAAUUCCUCAGGAAACACAUCUGAAGAGCCAUGUGCAUAGUCUGAUCACAUUAUCUCUGGUUAGAGAGAGAGAGAGAGAGGCCAAGGGGGAUCGAGCAAAGCCAAGGGCAGUUGACUGCUCCGGCCUAAUUGCAGCCCCGGUCUGUGUAUGUUGUCAGAAAUAGAGAGAGGGAGAGAGGGAGAGAGGCUUCUUGUUUUAUAUUUUGGUUUUUAAAAAAUGGUUUUGAUUCCAAGUGAUGUGAAGAAAAUCUUUAAAAAUCUGGAUUUGGUUUCGACUGAAUCAAAAUAUUUCUCUUUCUUUAUCUGCACCGGUGAAAACAGGCUCUAGAAACAUGAAGGCAGUGAGCUGAGCUGAAAAAGUUCCUCCCCCGUCUGCCUUCCAUCUUCUUUCAUCAUCAUCGCACCACUUUGAGUGUCUGUCUGUUUUAGCCUGCAGCUUUGUCAGUGGCUGGUUACGGUUACAAGAUGUUCUGUAUGGUCAGUGUUUUUGAGUGCUAUGAAUCCCUGUAAUCAUGGGAGAGGCCCUCGCUGUACAAUGAACGUUUGUUGUAAGAGAUGUGCACUCUCACACACACACACACACACACACAAAAACACACGUUACCCCCCCACCCCAUGGGUAAUAGAGCUGAUCAUGUUCUGAACCUUCCCUCUCUCUCUCUCUCUUUGCAACUUUUCUCACGCACAUGCAAGCGGUGGCACACACUUAUGCAUGCGUACACACUUACAAUUUAUCUCACGCACACGCACAUAGCACACAACCCUUUCUCACACACACACAUAUAUGAGAUCUAGUGUCAUGACCAAGAGGGGGUCAGUCAUAGGUCAAAGUCUAAUGCUGUUAGCUAAAAGAUCCUCGAUUGCAUGUACAGUGAGCCAUGCAGGGGCAGAGAUACAGACCCACACACACACACACACACAGAAAAUGUUCCCGUUAAUGUGCAUCCUCACUGUGUAGUAAUGCUUGGGUGUUCUCCAGUGGAACCGGCUCCAAAUGAUGACCAAAGACUCAUUUGUCUCCAGAGCGGAGGGUAGAAAUGUCUGCUCUGUGGUGCCGUUGUUGUGGUUUGAAAAGAAGAAGAAAAAAAAAAAAAUCAGUAACUUUAUUAGUGUGAUUCAACAACAUUUAGCACUUUUGAAUGACGUGUUGCAGGAGUGAAUCAUUAGAGCCACAUUGCUGCGCUCGUUAAACCGAGCGGAGCAAAAGAAAAGUCUGCUGUGGCUGGGAGAAAAUCUUUUAUAUAAUCAGGGAUUUCUCCUAGAGAGGAUAGUCCAAAAACUUUUUAACUCUUAAUCAAAUUGUCCUCCUGGAACAUCUCUCUUUUAAAAAAAAAUAUCGUUACGUAAGAUUUACAGUCGAAACGUAUCUUUUCUACCCUUGUGUUGAAUGUGCGCCUCUCUUACUGAUGACAGUGAUGUCAAAGAGCAGGAGGCCUGUCAUCAGCGUCACUACGACAACCUGUGUGUUCCCUCAAGUGGGGGAGUGUUACUAAGAGAUGAGGCCCUUUUGAGUUGGAAGCAUUGGUUCCUUGUGUAAGGAGGGAUAAGGGUGACUGAGUUCGCUUUGGAGAUGGACUCUGUAAGCAAACAGCCUUCUUGUUUUGGAUAUGGAUUUUACCAGUCCUGAUCAAAGAGGCGUUAUCAGCUCUUAAGUCCGAACAUAAGAGGAACGUUUCAGACUCCCUUUCUCUCGGAAAGAUCUGCCAGUAUUGGAAAGUGACUGCCUUUCAACCGUGUUUCUUGUAGGUGCAACAGAUGAGGCGUCCUUUCAGUCAAAGGGCAUCAGGGAUCUGUUGUCUGUGUUGUGGCGCAUUCCUCUUUACAUUCCAGUUACAGUAAAUAGCCAGCUUAGCCCAUGAGCACAAAUGAUAAGCCUUAAAGAGACACCAGGUCUCUCUGUCACACACACACACACACACACACACACUCUCCAAGUCUCACUCGAUAUUUCCUCUGUGGUUUUAUCUGUAUCUUUCAGGAACAGGGUCACUCCAACGUUCUCCUGCAGCCGCCCAACACCACCUAACAUUUCCUGGAAGAACGUGUCCAUCGCCGGCUCCCAACAAACAUGGACUGUUUUCCCAUGCUUUAUUUUCUGUCGGUAAGUAAGCGAACUACGCCAACAUCGAGGCAUCUCCCACUAUUUUUCCUUUUCCUCUCUGCCCAUCGAGUCACUGAUUUAUGUGGCAUCCACCAGACUUGAACUGAGAGUCCCCAUGGGGUGUUGGGCAAGGCACUUGUGUGAGGAGGAGACAGUAGGGACUGUGGCUUCUUAUCAAGGGAAGAAUUCGCUCUGACCCCGGGCAGCCUCUUUUAUACGUCUAAUCAUAGCUGUGGAGGGAGGAGAGGAGGAGCAGGGGUGAGGAAGGGCCUCAGAUUCCAUUCAAGAAAGUUUAGUUUUGAACAAGUUGUUUACACUCGGAGGAUGUUUCCAGAGAUAAACUGCGAGUGGUCUAUCUGAGUGAGGAUCGCUUCACUGUAAACAAUGUAGUCUUCAUUCAGGGGGAACAGUCAGAAAAAGGAUGUAGAUUGUUUGAAGUACUUGUGUAUCAAAAAUGUGGACCUUUCUGUUUCACUUUCUGCUUUGAGUAAUCCUCCCCUUUUCUUCUGCUGCUCUCCUCAGAGACAUCAUGAUUCCUGGUAAUCGAAUGCUGAUGGUCAUUUUAAUAUGCCAAGUCCUGCUGGGAGAGAGCAACCAUGCUAGUCUGAUACCUGAAGAAGGGAAAAAGAAAGUACCGGGCCUGCAGGGUCGUUCGGCCGCUCAGAGCCAUGAACUGCUGCGGGACUUUGAGGCCACACUGCUGCACAUGUUCGGCCUCAAGAGGCGGCCGCGGCCCAGCCGCUCGGCCACCGUGCCACGCUACCUGCUGGACCUCUACCGGCUACAGUCAGGGGAGGCUGAAGAUGUUGGAGUGCAUGACAUCGCUUUUGAGUACCCGGAGAGGUCAGCCAGCAGGGCCAACACUGUGAGGGGCUUCCACCAUGAAGGUGAGAGAAAAAACGAAAAGAAGUUACAGGGUGAAACUAAAAACACACAAAAAAAGAAGUAGGAAAGUCUUGCAAUCUCACAAGAGGGGGGAACUGAAUCAUGACACCACUCAUAAGUCAUCCUAGCCAUGCUUGCCAACUAUUUUGGUAGUAAUAAAUUUCAUUAGCAUGGGCGAAGACUGCUGAGUAUUCAGGGUGUAAAACCAUUUCCUACAACCCUUGAAACAUGAUUGUGAGGCAGCUCCACCCAUCUCACCAUAACCAAGGAAUCUGAGGAUGUGGUCACCAAACACUGUCUGCAGAGGGGCUUAAAAUUUCUGCUAGACAAGCUCUCAAGAGUCUCAUUUGACAGAACUCUGCAUGUUUGGUUAGCAGCUGAAGGAAAAGCAUACCUCCAUAUUACUGACUUACACUCCUCACCCCACCCAGCAGAACACGGCUCUAAAACGCCGGGCCUUGGCCUGGAAUUGAAGUUUGCUCCUCUCUCUCUCUCUCUCUCUCUCUCUCUCUCUUUCUCUCUUUCUCUCUCAUGUCUCCAGUUUAAAUGGAGAGCUCUCUGAGAAGGACCUUCCUCAACAUACAAUUAUCUUUAAUGCUUCUCUGCAGGCUUCUAAAUAAAGCCCCUACUGCCAACAAUGUGGGUGCUGGGAGCAGACGCUGCAGCUUUCUGAAGAGAUGGAAAAACAGUCUCAGAAGCGAGUGCGAUAGAAAGACUGGAAUGCUAGAGGGGUUUCCAUUUAUUGCGUUUUUGGUCUGCUUAGUUUUGGCCGCAGUACAAGGGGGGUUUAAUAAGAAAAAGGAGAGCGCUUUUAGGGCGACCCAUCUUUUGAAUGUGAGGUGAGAACAGAAAGUUAUUGGUAACAUGCAUGAAAACAAUCCUUGGCAGAGAGACAGGGGUUGUGCACCAGAUUUAGCGAGGACAGGAGCAAUCUUGCCAGAAAACUGGGGAGCUGUAGGGCUAAAGAACAUGUCCGCCCUCAGGGGGAGGAGUGAGGAAGGAGGGAUGAGUCAGCCUUAAUGGGGAUUGUCAAACACACUGCGAGCCGUAUCACACAGAAACAUGCAUUUAAACGGCGAGUAUCAAGGCCGGUCAGGUAGCAGAGCGCUGCAUGUGUGCACAAAUGUGAGUGUGUGUUUGUGCAUGGAUUUCUGCUGCUCUCUGCAGGCUUUUACCCUCCUUCUCCUUUGCUCAACUAUGUUAAUAACACGUUGUGAAGACUUGAGAGUGGGAGUGCUUUGCUUUCAUGGAAGCACCGUUGUGCAAUAGUGUGAUUCAGCUGUCUGAUUUUGGCCACAUCACAGUGAGGUAGUACACUCUUUAGCAGACGGUCAGUAAGGUGAAAAGAUAUGUUUGCCUCACAGUCACUCAUCCGGGGAAACAAUGUGAACUUCAUGCCUGUGACAGAUGAUAUCACAGUGAUUUUCAUGAAUUCAAACCACAAAGCUGACAUCAAGGUUUGCACGCAUGCAUAUAAACGUAAGAGUUGUUCCAGCUUUGCUAAAGGAUUGAACUCAUUUCUUUCCCGAACAAGUGGAUAAAUGUGAUUCCACUGUGUUGUCUGACUCCUUAAUGAUUAUUCAUGAUGAAAAUGAUAAACGUCUUAAGUGAACAAACUGCAGAGCCAAUCAAAAACACAGCAGGUUUUAAUAAUGAGAACCACCUGGGUAAGAUUAGGGCCUGGGUGUGAAAUAACAGGGGUGGAUUGAGCAGGAAAAUAGUAGACACAACAUUCCUUUCCCCAACAAUGGUGAUCUUGCCAGAAAUCUGCAGACUGAGCGUGGAACAGGGAGCCUCCACUGUGUUUAUACUGUAGCUGUGGUACGUUAAUCACCACCCUCCUUGUAAUGCGUGUUUUAGCAAAGUGCUCAGGGAAAGGCAUUGAGAGAAGAGUCGGAUAAUCCUUAAAAAGAGAUAAGAAAGCAUGGCAGACAUUUAUUUUCCAUCAUCUGAAUACUUGAGAAGCCUUCAAACUGCAUUUACCUCAUUUUUUUUUCUUCCAGAUAGUGUAAUAUCAGUACUCUGACGUGGAUACGCUUCAAUUUUCAGUCCAACAAACACAGAAACAAUAGAUUCUCUUCUCUAAACUUAAAUAUCUGAAUGUUUUUCUGUUAAAAAGAUCCUCAUCUUUGCUAAGUUGUGAAUUUUCUUUCCAAACAUUGUACUUGCUGAUGUUAAAAUUUCUUAAUAUUGAGGGAUUUUGCAAUCACAUAUCCAUCACCGCUCUACUUUCUCACUUUCAGAGCACAUGGAGAGGGUGCAUGAGCUGCACGCUGGAGAAGCUGCGCCCCUUCGCUUCUUGUUUAACCUCACAAGCAUUCCAGACGACGAGCUGCUGUCAUCAGCUGAGCUGAGGCUCUACCGUCAUCAGAUCGAUGAGGCUAUCGCCAAUAACCUCGCGGAUGACCAGGGACUUCACCGGAUAAACGUGUAUGAGGUACUGAAGCCCCCGCGGCCUGGGCAGCUAAUCACACAGCUGUUGGAUACGCGGCUUGUGCGACACAAUACGUCGCGCUGGGAGAGCUUUGACGUUAGCCCUGCUGUGCUGCGCUGGACUCGAGAGCGCCUCCCGAAUUACGGGCUGGCAGUGGAGGUCCUGCACCUCAACAAGACUCCACAGCACCAGGGUCGACAUGUCCGUGUCAGCCGCUCACUCCACCAGGAGCCCGGGGAGGACUGGGAGCAGCUACGUCCUCUCCUGGUUACCUUUGGUCACGACGGUAAGGGUCACCCGCUGACCCGCCGAACCAAGCGUAGUCCUAAACAAAGGGGUCGCAAGCGCAACCGCAGCUGCCGGCGACAUGCACUGUACGUGGACUUUAGCGAUGUAGGCUGGAAUGACUGGAUAGUGGCGCCCCCUGGCUACCAAGCCUAUUACUGCCACGGAGAAUGUCCCUUUCCUCUGGCCGAUCAUCUGAACUCAACCAACCACGCCAUUGUUCAGACAUUGGUGAACUCUGUGAACAACAACAUUCCCAAGGCCUGCUGCGUGCCGACAGAGCUCAGUGCCAUCUCCAUGCUCUACCUGGAUGAACAUGACAAGGUGGUCCUAAAAAACUACCAGGAAAUGGUGGUGGAGGGCUGCGGCUGCCGCUGACACACAGACUGACAAGAACUUGGACUGGCAACUUGAAAAAGCUACACAGACACUCAAACAAAGCAGAAGGUCUUUACUCCCAAAAAUGUUCACUUGGACCCUUAUUUAUAACUUUUAUGUUGAGGUGUAUGUUUGUCUCACUUUUUUGUUUCUUUGACAAUAUGAUCAUAUAUUUUGACAAAAUAUAUAUAUUUAUAUCUACAUAUUAAAAAUAAAUUGAGUCCUUAUUUUAAACAUAAAAAGCUGUACAACUUUUCAUAAUGUACAUUAGAUUGUAAAAGGUUUUUUAUUGAGAAAAUAGUAAAAACAAUCUGAAAAGUAAAGUUUAUUUACUGGUAAUAUUUAUUCCUACAUUUAUUUUUUCAUUUGAUCUACAUUUUUGAGAGAGAAAAUAAAACUGAAUUUCUACCACAAACACAUUCAGCGGUUCACAAGAUGCACCCUCCAUGUAUUUGAGAAAAUGAGAGCACUGUGUGGAUUACUGACACUGAUUCUUAAGGAAGUAUGAAUUCGUUUAAUUAGCAAUUUCACUUUAAAAUAAAAUAGAUACUUUAAUAAUCCACAUACACACUCUGUUGAACCACCAUGUAAAAAGAUAUAAUUACAAUUUUCAUUCAGAAGGUUAGAAAAGUGGUAGGUGGUCACAAUCUUUCCCAGUUUUUCAUAAAUUUUAAUCAAAUUUUGUUGUUUUUCUUGUUAAAAAAAGAGAUAAAAGUAUAAAAUUCUCCCUGAACUUUAGUAUUUUAUAAAUGUGACAAAAGGAUUAACAUCAAAGCAAAAAUAAUAAUGAAAAUUGCCACCGAACUUCUUCUCUGCAUUUCAUCUGUCCUACUUUGAAAGCAGAAGCUGUUAGAAACGAAGCAAUGCCUCUGAAAGCGAGCAGGCCUUUAGGUUUCGGCUCUUAUUGUUCUCAAAUUUCACUUUUAUGUCAAUUAGGCUAACAUGUGGUGGUUGGACACUCACUAAUCCAAUUGCUGCCGGGGCGGCUUGUUGAGCCUGACUGUGGGAGAGUGAUUCUAUUGUUCCUGACGUCCCCACAUUGGGGGCAUGAUUGUCGGCGAUGCGUCCUGCCCUGCUACGAGGCGGCUGAGUCCUCAGAAGAAUCAAAGGUUAGACGCUCUGUCUCCUGCCUUUGUCUUCAGCGGCUCAUGCCGGCAGAGCAAAGACGCCUGUCUCCAACCUGUGCCCCGUCACACAAUAGGCUUCUACAUCACUUAUUUACAAGCUGACGGCUGCCCCAAAUUAUAUGAUAAUGUUUGGAGAGAGGGACCCCUUUGAACUGUCGGGGGGCGAGGGUGGGGCGGCUGUGCAUUGUCUCUCAGAGAGCGCCCUGUACAUCAACAGGUAUGCAUCAUAAUGCGUAUAAACCAGUAUUACCCUUAACAUAUUUAUCAAUACUUGCUUUUUAAAUGCAUUAAAGCAAAAAAAAAUAAACAAUGACAGAUUUAUAAGGUUGUAUUUUUCAACUCUAGAUAUGUCAUUUCUAGUUCGCUGCGUGACAGUUCCAGAUUUCGAUGAUUGGUUUUCGUGCUAAUCAGGUUUUGAAGUAGGGAGCUAGCAGACCCUCAGGCCCUCUAAAGUCUGCUUUGAUGCCUGUAUAUCAGCAUCAAAAAAGAGGGAGAAGAUAAAGAAGAAUUUCAUUUUGAAGCGGUUGAAGGCAGGGGAGAAGGAGCUCGAGGGUGAGAGGUGGGUAAAUACGUGAUCGGAGGAGGAGGAGGAGGCUUGAUAGUGCAAUUACAUUUUCUACUAACAUUAGCCAUCUACAAAAACAGAGUAAACAUGUUCAUUAAAUAGAGAAAAAAAAGAUGUUUAUAUAAGCUCAGCGGUCACUUAUUCAGCCUUUUUGUUGACCGGUUUGUAAGCUUCGAGUCUGGAUUUAAAGAGAGCGUGUGGAGGCGGAGAAGCUAGAUCCUUCAGCAGCAUCACACCUCCAGUCCUGAGUCCCUCACUAAGUGUCCUCCGCCACGCGGUUGUGAAAGAAUUUCAGGAAAUACACAGAUAAAUGUGAGUGUGUGUGACUGAGAGUGUGUGAAGGGAGUUGAACUGGGAGUAGGGGGGAGGGGGUCAAUUACCGAAUGAGUCCUUAAAAACAGAUCGGGGGGCUUUGUCAUUCCUAUGUGACGUGCCACUCGGUCUCCUGUAAGUGCUCAUUCUCACGCAAUUACAGGUGAGUCAUUAUGCAGCAGGUCUAUUGACACUGAAGGACUAAUUGACUGGGUGAAGUCUUCAAAAAGCUUUUUAUUUGGACGUUCCACCAUAAAAGCCGAGUGUUUAUAGACAGCGAACCUCCCCACAGGAACAAAGAAAGAUGAUCCUCGCUUUGCAUCGCCCUGUUUGAGUGGGCGCACUCCAUACCUCCAUCCAAAACCAUCCUGUUUUUUUUUCCCCUCAGAGUUCACAGAUGUGUUAGGGAUCUACAUCUGGGUUUAUGAGUCUAUAAAUGGGCUCAUGAGUCAGAUGACACAAAAACACCACAAAGCUAAUUGUAACCCAUGAGAGUUGAAUUCUGUUUUGUGUGUAGAUAAAUCUAGAGAGCUUGCUCUUAUAGCCUCAGGUGAAACUAGUUUCUGAACGUGUUUUGAACUCUUUUAAAGACCUGAAUUACUGCACAGUUGAAAGAAAAUAAAGGUCCUAUGGAGUAGUGAGUUCUGGGUGUGUGUAAAUAAGCUUUUUUUUAAAGUUUAAGUUGAAUUAAGUAGGUUUAAGCACAAUUUAAAAGUGUUCUUUUGACAGAGUCUGAGCUCGGUGGAGCUGCACUUGACUUUACAGUGAAUUUGUUUAACUGACCUUUGAAGCAAUGCACUUAAAUGAUCUUCUCCAUGUUUAGCUUUACAACCCUAAAAUAUAUCUUUAGUCAGGGCGAACGUAGUCCUCUUUUACCUGGACAUGUCCUCUCUUUAAGGCUGUCCCGGCUCUGUCCUGGGAGGUUUAUAAAAUCCUCCAAAUGUGCGUGAUUUUGUACGUAAGUUUCGAUUUUGUGUCACGUGAACUUACUGAGUUAGAAGCACGUAAAAGACACUCAAUCUGACCCGAAAAACUUAGAAUUCACUCUGCGACUCUGUGACUCUGCCUACGCGUAGUCUCGUCCUCUUUUUUAGAAUAUGGUCACCCUAUCUUUAGUAUCAACAACUGGAAUAAGCAACUAAUCCUCAUGAUGGAAAAGCUGGACUGAUCGACCUCUGACCAAAAUCUUUGUUCAGGUUAGAAAGAAGGAAUCUGUUCAACCCUGAGAAACAUUGAUAAACUUAACUGAAAUAUUAAGGUUUGUGAUAAAAAAAAAAUCAACAUGGACUCUGUGUGAGUCUGAUCGGAGCAGCGGGAGAAAAUCAUGGUGGAUGAUGAGGGAUGUCUAAAGACUCCACAGAGACCUCUUGAUUCAAUAUAUAUGUAUAAAUUCAAAUGAAAGGGGGUAGAAGUAAGUGCAUCACUGUGCUCUUGAAUUCGACCUGGAAAGAGUGAGCCUCUGCUCUGUUGUUCUGCCCCCUCUGUCCGUUAGAGAAUCAGGAGGGGCUGCUGUGAUGAAAGCUUAUGUCAGCGCCGCUCGAGGUCACGGCCUCUUGUUUCACUCUCCCGCUCAUACUUCUACACAAAUACAUCCACACACACACACACAUAUUCCUCUUAUACUCAUUUUCAGGGUAUAUCAUUUUUACACAAAGACCCACACGCACACAUUCACGCACAGGUCUGAAACCUUAGACCCUUCCCCGCUGUCCAUCUGUAGGGGUUAUCUGUGUGACACCUCCUCUCACCCCUGUCUGUGAGUCAUCUCCACUCAUCAUGCACACCUCGCCGCUGGCACACAGCAGCUGGGACACUACACGCCGCAUUUAAGGGGGAUAAGGCUGUCAUCGAUGGAAUACUUUGACCCCGAGGUCACAGGCAUGAAGAGCGUACACACACACAGACUCACAGUCAGUACAGUUGAAUGGAUGUAGGGAAGGGAAGGGGCGGAUUUAUCUUACACAGGUGAGACUCAGGUGAAUCUAGAGUAGAUGUCAGUGCACAGUCCUACAACUAUACACAGAUUCUUCUGUUAGCUGGUUACAGUAAGAGUAAACAAAAACUCAGAGACGUGGACUGAUUAUCACUGACGGAUAUCAGGAGUUUCAGUCUGUCCACUUAAACAUUGUGUGUUAAAGUUUCUGUGUGUGUCUGUGUGUGUGUGUGUGUGCAAGCCUGCCUUAACAUGCAGUGUUAACUACAUGUGCUCUGUGUGUUCAGGCUGUUAACUCUGCUGGUGUCUGUCAGGGGUGUUAAAAGAAAAACAAUGACGACCUCUCAAAGAAAGCUUAAUAACAGUAAUUGCUGCCUGAGUGAUUAGAAGGACUAUAAGAUAUUUCCAUCUUGACAACAGUUCCCAAACAAAGAGUACAGGAGCAGAGGGUCGGGGGCAUGGAGUGUAUGGGUGUGUGACUGUGUGAUUAAACCCCCUUGUUUCUCCCACCAAACCUCUCCAACUGGGAAAGGACCGCAGUGGAAAUUUCCACUUGUCAAAGGAACAACCUGCGGGUUUAAAAUUUGGUGUCAAGUGCCGGUGUCGCUGUGUGGACGGAAUGCUUCUUUUGUGGGCGAGUCUCUGGUGUAAUUUCGGGCAGGGCAGGGUGUCCCUGCAGUAGGCCUUUCUUCCUCAAGCUCUGUGCAGUUUCAUUAGAUACGGCUAAUGAAAAGAUGGCUGCUGGACAGCUCGGCCCCCCAACGCUCCUCUGGCCUGUAUUUAGAGCCUCUGCCUGGCUUCCCCCACUGAACAGGUGUGCUGGCCCUCAAGCACUACACCGAGGGACUGAAAACACUUUGUCCUUGCUUUAACAGACUUGGAACCUUUUUUUACUUCACAACUUUUUCUGACAAUUAACUUUUUUUCCCUCCUUGUUUUUUUUUAAGGGAAACAAGUCUGCUUUAUACCAUCUCUGUAACUUCCUGAAUGUAUGAACUGAGGGCGAUUUUAAGCCAAGGACCCAGAGCUCUAUUUAAAACUUAAAAAUCAAAGUUUUUAGAAUCACAAAAGAUGAAUUCAUUGAACAAAAAAUAAGUAGUUUGGACAACUGUUUGAUUGGAAAGUUAUAUCAACUAGUGAUUAGGGUGACCAUACAUCCUCUUUUACCCGGACAUGCCCUCUUUUUUGGGGGGCUCUCCAGGCUAGUCUGGGGAAGUUUAUAACAUCCUUGAAAUGUCCCGGGUUUUGUAUGGAAGUUUUGAGUUUGUGUUGUGUGGACUUACUGAGUUAGAAGCACAUAAAAGACACUUAACCCUAGAACACUAUCCCUGGGUGAUUUUCACCAAACAUGUUUACAUGAUUUUCAUGAUGUUGCGUUUGUCUGAGUAUCAUGGGUCUCUGGGUAACUUCAGCAUUGCCUUUGACAUCUUUGAAGGCAUAUUUGUUUCCCUGAUCCAAAACCUGCUUUUUCCUUCAGGCACAUGUUAGGGUGACUUUUACCCGGCAAUAGUGAUAGAAGGUAAAGUAGGUUUAAUGGAUUUGAUAGCUGCAUGUGGGGAAUAAGGUCAGUAAGAGUGGUCCUGGAAUUUGCACGCUAUCUUUAUUUAGCACAGUGGUUAUGAAUAACUAUCACAAAGUAGUGAUUUUUAAGGGAAUUCCUUUGGUGAUAAGAAAUAUUUUAGUCAGCUGGUCAUUUUUACUCACUCAAAAUCUGCCAUAUUUUGGUUCUCUCUCCUGCAGCUGUUAUUGUGCCAAGGACCCUGAGUCUUCACCAGGAAAGACUCACAUAUUAAGUUUACAGUUUCUAUAUUUGUUUUUUUAGGAAUUUUUUGUUCAUGAAUUCCUAAUUUCAGUUAUUUUGUUGCGUUUUUAUAUGAUCCCCUCAUGGCACUUAUUUUUCCUCCCUUUGGACACUGCACAGUUAAAACGAAAAGAAAACUACUUUAAUUUGUUAUGUAUUGUCCUAUUUUGAUAUAUUUUAAUGACAAGUACUUUUUCUUGGGUAUAUUAUUUUGCGUAAAAAUCACCUGGCGAUAGUGAAGGUGUUACUGAUUUUAGCAGCAGUGUUUUAAAAAACCUUUAAAAUAAACUAUGCACAACUCUGCGACUCUUCCCCCCCGUGUAGUCGUGUCCCCUUUUGGAGAUUCAGAACAUGGUCACUGUAGAUUAUUUUGUAGGCUAAUUUUUUCUUUAAAACUUGAAAAUUUUAGAUGGUAUCAAAACCCAAAAAUCUACUGGAGUUGCCUUGAAAUUUUGAAUUUUCAAAGCUUUUUUAUUUUUUACAGUGCCUACUUCAAAAGACAUGCAUUAUGCUGUUUAUAAUAAUGCUGUUAAAAGACAAUGGCCCUUACUCUGAAUUAUUUUGCUGUAGUAUCACUGUGCAGGACCUACCUUAUUCAUUAAGAGUAUAAAACUUCUACACUAUACCAGUACAUGCAGGCUCAGGUAACAAUGCAAAUAUACAUGCAGCUAUUUUCUAUGAGUAUUCAUGGCUCUGCAGACCCAGCAGUUGUUUUUUUAAAUCCCUGUAGUAAAAACAAGAGGGAACAUAAAGUGUAACAUUUUCUUCUCACAUCCCUGUCUUUAUUUACACAUAUGGCAGGAAAUUAAAGACAGUGAGGAAAGUGUGUAUCCCUCCUUUAACAAUCUCCAGCACUCCGAAGCCCUUGGCGAAGUGAGAUGUUGUAAAAAAAAAAAUAGCCUCCUGUAAUUAGACAAAGCUGUUUAUGCACAACCGCUCCAUCUCUUUCCCUCAUUGGCCUCUCUGUGAAGCACUAAUUUGCCUUUCAGCGUGAUAAUAGUUGAUAUACAGUAUGGUGUCAUCUGGUGACAGCUCAUUGUUUAGCUCCGGUUACUUACAGAAGCAGUUUUGGGCUACUGGUGGCUUCUCCCUUUUCAGGUGCAUAAAUAUCUGAGAAGAGGACUGGUGUUUGGCUGGGAGUUAGAUCUCAGUGUUUAUUUGCUAACAGACUCCCUCUGUGUUCAUACGCUGACCCUUUGUGUGGCUCUCUGAGAGGCAGGUGGAUUGUGCCCCUGGCUUGCGAGCUACAGUUUGAAAGCAACAACGUGAAACCAGAGCCGUAACACGACCCCGAGGCAAUUAGGCCCACAAUGAGGACGUUUUUUGGCAUUCACUCCUUUUGUGCUCCCAAAUACUAUUUAAGGGCAAAUAAAAUGUAGAAGUUUGGAUGCUUUGGCGAGGAGGAUGGUGAAAAUUAUCACCAUGUCUGUUCUACUUAGGUUAAUGUCUCUGCGUAGAAGUUGUCCCAAAUUGUUGUGUCUGUCAUUUGUUUAAAGUUUGGGUGUGGGCAGGGAGGGAUUUGAGUGGGGUUGAUAGGACUCAAGGAAGUGAGACCACAGGAGUCCAUUUUGUGGGAGGUUUAGCCAGGCGGCUCAUUCUUCUGUUUACCAAUGAGCUGAAAAAGCGGGAAAAGGUACAGAGAGGGCUGGAAAAGAGAGAGACCACGUCCCUCCUCCCUUCUUUCCCUGAAUGGAGUGUGUCUACCGGAUCUGCCCAGGAUGAAAUGUCAUAUCUUAGACUGAUCCUUAUCUCUUAAUCGCUUCCUUUGUCUCCCAUGAUUCCCCAGACCCUCCCUGACUUCCCUCCUCAGACGCGGCCCUUUGAUGUGUCAGCCAUGGUUAGGGACGCUGGGGGUGGGAUAUUUGUGGUGUGUGCAUGCAUAUGUGUGUUUUAAAGCGACAGUCUGGUUCUGCUUCAAGCUAACGAGAGCCAGAGGUUAUCAGAAGUGGAUGGAAAGGGCCGCUGCUUUUCAUGUCUUGUGGUCUCGCUAAGUUCGUUUGUGUGUUAUAACGUGUAUUUCUGUGUAUCUUCAAUUGUCUUUACGUGCCGGAGGGCAGGGGUAAUAUAUAACAUAGACAGUUAAGUGUCUCUGCGUGUCUGUGUUUCUUGCGUUUGUAUCGCUAUGUCCUGAUGACACAUCAGCCUCACAGACUUUCUCCAGGGCUGCGAGCAGAUGUUUGCUCAGUCACAGACAGGCAAAUGUGAAACAAAUGUUUGAAACACAAAAGACAGAUACUCUUCUCCUAAUGGACUAAAACACAUUCCACUGUGUCAUUAUUUUAACCACGGUGGUGAAACAGUAAUAUGGACUGCUAAGUUAGUUUGUGGGUUAGCCACUUUAGUAUUUUGAUCAAUAUCUGCGCAAGAAACAAGAACCAGAAACCUCUGAGAUUAAUGAGCUGGCUUUUUGUUCCAUUUUUGGGAAAUACAACUACAAGUGAUUAAUGAGUGGUCUCUGACAUUUGAGUGAAUUGUAGAAUUUUUCCCCUUUAUUUUUCCACUGAGGGUCAUUAAGUGAAGAAUCCAAUUUGUCUAACUUGGUGGUGGCCAAAUAAUUACAAAAUAUAACAUAUUCACGCUAUUUUUGGUUGAUCAGCAAGCUUGCUAAAAUGCUAAACUAAGAUGGUGUUUGAGGUAAACAUCGAACUUACUGAGCAUUUAGAUGUCAAACAAUGAGCGUGGUCUAGACCUGCUCUUGUUCCUUGAAAAGCGUCUUGAGAUGACGACUGUUGUGAAUUGGCGCUAUAUAAAUAAAAUUUGAUUGAUUGAUUGAUUUGAUUAACAUCCUAGAAGUGACAGAACUACAAGGUUGAUACCAGACCUCAGACUGGACAAAACAUGGAUCUCUCAACCUAUGAAGAAGUCAGCCGGAUGAAAACUAUUUUUUUUUUUUUCAAAUCAGUGUUUGAGUUUGUUGAGGACAAGAUAAGUAAUAAUUUCUAUGUCCACAGGGGGCGCCAAAGCUGACAGAAAGCAAAAGUUCCUCACAGAUGCUUUAAAGUACUACAUUUGUAAUCAGAUGCUUUCUGAAUAUCAGUAUGAACAAGAAUGGACAGAUUAUCGGCUUUGUGGCCAAUAUCCAGUAUAUUGUUGAUUAUUUGCAUCUUUAAUUUAUUCUAUUGAUUGCAGAUAAAAUUAAUCAAUUGAUUAAACAGUGCGUGACUUGAUCUCCACCACUGGAGGAAGGGGGAAAACCUUUUUCAGUUCCCUGGAGUGAAACCUGCUGCUGAUCUAAGAGAUACAGCGGGUUUAAUGUUUUUACCCUCUCUCCCUCCAGUUGGCUCAGGACACACUGUCUCCCCUGCACUGAUGAAGUUUCCAUAUUUAUAUGCAGGUUUGAAUAAUUCAACAAGGGAAAAACAAGAAUGGCCUGCGGUCUAACCUGACGAACGGUGGAUUUAAUAUUUUUGACCCCCUUACCUAGAGCUGACCCAGUACUCAGAUCUAUCAGCCAAACCAGAACUUGUAAAGUCAUAAAGUCACAUGUUGUAGGGAACUGUAGGGAUCACGAGCGUUCAGAGCCACUGUUAUUCAAAUGCAUUAAAACUGACCAGCAUUAUAUAUCAGUUAGGUGAACUUAUAAAUCCAAGAGAGGCAACAUAAACUAGAAUUCAAAAAUUAGGCUCAAUUGAUGGCUGCUUCAGGAUAACCGAGAGUACCCUGCCUCUGCUUUCCCGGAUUUCCAGUAGGGAUGUGUGUGCGGUGGUGCCAUUUGUGUGUAAAUGUGUGUGAGAAAGCCGGAGCUCAAAAAAAGGGAGCGACCGUGAGAAAAAGAAGACACACAGAGAGAUCGUGAGAGCUUGUUUGUGAUCGAUUGUAUCUCUGACACAUCUUUGAGGAGAUAAACGCAGACGUGUCUUGAAACUUGUGACGGCAUACUCGUGUAAAAUGUUUGAAUGUAUGCUAUCUCAGGUCAUUGUCUGCUCGGUUUUAUGGCCAAUCCAACAUCCGGAGACUCAUUCUUUGGUGCCUAGAGGAAUUUCGGGCUGCAGCCGGGGGUGAUGGGGGCACAUUGUCUGCACCCUCUGGUGGCAGGAUGCAACAGCACAACCAGCCCUUUUGUGUGUGCAUCUGUGAGUCCACAAAGUGUGUUUGUGCACCCACCUGUUGUUCUGGAGUCAGUAAAAGAUCAUGCUUCCUCAGGUGACAGUACAAUACUGUAUGUUUGUGCGGGGAGGCCACCCAGCAUCAGCUGCGUACCCUGACAAAGAUAGGAGACCUGGCUUACAAUUAGAGGUUUUUUGCUUCAGCCAAAAGCAACAUUGUUCAUUUCAGUGAAAGAGUGGGGCCCUCACUGGGUCCUUAGCCACCUGGAGACGAAGGAGGGCGGAGGCGAGUGGAAAACAGAGAGAAGAAUAACAGCAUUAGUGUCAGAGAGAAAAUGUCACCAUAAGAACAGAUUCAUCAUGUAAUGGCAAGGCUAUUAUUAUCGUGUCUCGUGAAGACGUGCGUUUUCAAACUCUGGGUGGAUUUCAAGAUUUUCAGCCGCUGGUGUAUCGCCGGUUUUACACAGCAAAGCUAGUGCGGUGAAAAAAAACAUGCGAGAAAUUCCCCCUCGAUGUGCCGUAGCUCGAAGCUUGAAACAAGCUCCGACACUCCCUCCUUUGCAAGUGACUUUCAAGAGGCUGUUUGUUUUUCUUGGCAUGAACAUACACAACUGUAUACAUUUAGUGGCGGACUUUGGGGCAUUCGAGAGUGAGAUCAUUAACAUAUGGGCCGAGCACUUUGAGCCUGCAGACAUGGGCCUGGAGGGACAGCCUGGUUGUGUAAGUGAGUAACACUUAACAACUUUAGACGUUAUUGCCUCUCCCUUGUAGAGAAAAAAAACAUGCAUCAAACACUCAAACUAGAAACUUUGCAGGUGGUAAACAAGGAAAAAAAAGAGGCCAGGCAAGAUGUUAAUGUGUCAUGAGGAAAUUUUGGGGAGGAAAUGAACAGAUUUCCCAUCAAUCUUAACUUCUUAGUGUUGCUUGACCAAUUUUCGGCUGAUCAGGGCUGACAAAUUUGGGAUUUUUAAAGAUUAAUUCUGGGCUUUGGGGCCUUCACUGAGAUAGGGUGACCAUAUUCUGACUUCCCAAAAAGAGGACACGACUAUGCAGGAGUUUUUCGGGUCGGAUCGAGUGUCUUUUAUGUGUCUCUAACUCAGUAAGUCCACGUGACACAAAAUCGAAACUUAUGUAGAAAACCGCAGACAUUUGAAGGAGUUUAUAGACUUCCCCGGACAAAGCUGGACAGCCCCCAAAAAUGAGGGCAUGUUUGGGUAAAAGAGGAUGUAUGGUCACCCUAACUGAGAGGUAAAGGUCAGACUCUGUUGCCUCCAGGUUUCCAGUUUUGUGAAAGACUGGACUCAGGCAGGAUAGAAAAUAAUCAAUAGAUAGGCUAUACACUGUGUAAGAAUAAUACCAAGAUUAAAACUGACAUAAGCAAUACAGAGUCAAUGUAGGUGUCAGGUUCUACGAGGGAUGUUUUUAUUCUCGAGAUAAAACUGUGCGUCUAAUAUCAUAAAAAUGUCGAAGUUGGCUCUCUAAAGUGUUUUUAGCAACUCCAGCCAGAGACCAGGGAAACAGGAAAAACUGUGAAAACGUACAAUUAAACAACCUCGGUCAGUCAUAAAAAAAAGGAGAGGGAGUCUCACACCAAACAAACACACUUGUUGCUUGGGUAACAGUGAACCCCCCCCCCUGCUGUGGCGGCUCAUAUGGGCCCUCCAGACUUUACAGAAAAAGGUAUCAAAGUGAGCUAUAUCGAGAAAUGAGGAGCCAGAGGGGUGAGUUGUACGAGUAAAUAGACUUGAGCGAGAGAAACAUUUUGUUUGUGGAUGAAACUGAAAAAAAAGAAAGGGUAAAGAAGAGACUGGAUGGAGUUCAGGCCUUUAAAUAUUCAAUCUGCUGUAAAAGAAAUUCCCAAAAUACCAACAUUUAUUCAGCUUUUACAUUCUGCAUGUGUGACAGGGUUCACAAAAGCUCCUGCCACAUGUUAGCCAUCUUGGUGCUUUUUGCCACGUACCUGAUCUUCACGACCUUUUUGAUACUUUUCGGCAGUCUAAGGGUCUGGCUAUGAUAAAAAUUAGUUUACCUUUAACAUGGCGACAGUCGUACAGGGACAGAGGCAUGACAAAGGCACGCAGUUCGACUGGUCAACACGUGGUGUGUGUGUGUGUGUGUGUGUGUGUGUGUGUGUGUAGGUGUGUGUAGGUGUGUGUGUGUGUGAGAGAGGGAGCGAGAGAGAGAGGCUCGCAGCCACAGUCGUGCCCGGAAAGGCUUAGAGCACAACCAGUCAUUAGGAAGUCAGGCCGUCUGGAGUGCAUUAUGGGCUGGGUACUGUAACCCUUACAAGCACAGGACGCUAUCAAAUCCAGGAUAAGGGGAAACAACGAGAGAAUGAGGGACAAAUAACUGUAGAGGCUUCUUUAGCUUACUUGUUUGUCCUGAGGGGACAAACCCUCGCAGAUUUACAGGAAAGUAUUUGUUUAAGUUGUCCCACUGCAGGCGCUCAGAGCAGGAUAAAACACACAUUACCGGUUAAAUCACCGGUUGGCUGGCUGUGUAAAGGGACAGUGGGAUAUUGCUUGGGAAUCACGGCUGUGUUGCUAACCACAAGUGAAAUUUUGACUUCAGCUCUUAACAAUUUGGCAGGUUUUAGCGCAUCAUGGAGUGCUUACUUUGGUUUUGUCAGGGUGUCAUCAAAUGGAUAUGAUUCACUCCAGACUAUACAAAGAGAGUCAAGCAGAAAGGAAAAGUUAGGGCCAGAUGCAACGCCGAAACUUUCAGGAUGGGAAAGAGAUAGCGUGGUGAGAGUAAGGACCUCAAAAUGACGAUGACGUUCAGGGUUAAACAAAGAAAAAGACUCGAAUGAAGAACAAAAUAUGAUUUAAUUAAAAGAACUAAAUGAAAAAAAAGCAACAAAAGAGAAAAAUCCACAAAAAUCACAGAGAGCAACAGGGGACACAAGCAUACGCACGCACACAUACAAUGAACCAACCAGGACAGAGAUAAAGACAGGGACUAUAUACACACUGGUAAACGAGCAACAGGUGUGGCUAACGAGCAACAGGUGUGGCAGACGAGACACAGGUGAAACUCAUGGGUGAUUAACGAAGGAGGGAAAAACUAGGAAAGAAAACCAGACUAGAAACACAAGGAAUCAACUACUACAAAAUAAAAUUUAAACACAGAAAACGGAUCUAAAGAAUAACACUGAGAACAGGAGGGAAACAGGGUCAAACACAAACUGAAAACUUACAAGACAGAAUCACAGGAACAAUAGGGAACAGAAACACUUGGAAAAAUACAAAGAAAAUACACUCAGAUAACAAAACCAGUGGAAAAACUACAUUAAAAGAACAUUUAAUGAAAAACAGUGCCUUAUAAGUCAACUUUAAAUUGAAUUUACUUACAAUAAAGUAUGAGGCAGUGCAGUUUUUCUUUUCUGCAGAGCUAUGGGUCGACACUAUGUAAUGCAUGCAAGGCCCAGUCAGCAUGCAGGGCCAAAUAGCUGUUUGUCAACACUUGGUAAAUCAUAGCUUGUCAUGUCUACAACACAACAAAACAUGAUAUACUGGAAGUAGGCAGGAGGGAGAAAUCAUCUGCUGAGUUUGUGGCAAGACUUCAUACAUGCAGUUAAAUGAUGGGCUUGGGAAAGUGGUGGUCAAAGGAGCAGAGGUGAAUCAGAUAAAAGGAGUGUCAGGUGCAUCGAUAUGAAGGUAGACAGGUGAUUUUUGGUGCUGGAAACGUUCUAGUGUUAUCCAGAGUCCAAGUUCUGUAUCUUCCGGACUAUAAGUCGCUUCGGAGUAUAAGUCGCACCAGCCAAAAAUGCAUAAUGAAGUAGGAAAAACAUAUAUAAGUCGCAUUUUUGGGGGGAAAUUUAUGUUCCAAAUCUAAGACCAAGAACAGAUAUUUCAUCUUUAAAGGCAAGUUAUAAUGAUAAUCUGGCCAUCUAGUUUUUAGCCCGCGAUUAGCUUUUUUUGUUUUCUUCCAAACUGCCAAACUGAACCUUAUUUUGCUUUUUCAUCAUGCAAGUACGACUAUCAACCUGCUCUGAGACAUCUUUUCUUGUCUUCAUCUCCAUCCUUGCCUCAUAAGCUUCAAGCAGAACAGUAAACAAAUCACCUGUGCAUGGACAAAAAGUCCCUCCCUUCACCAGCUGCUUCAAAAACUUGGCCAUCCCUCCUAGAGGAUCUAUCAUCUCUAGAGAACAGCUGAUUUGUUUUAGGAUUUUGGCCAACUGGCUAUGAUAUAGGACCAAUGUAGCAGUUUCUUGGUGCAAACAAGCCAACUCUUUGUACCUGUGGGUAUCUGUCUUGGUUUUGCCAGCAAGAGCAGCUCCUGCAAAUGAAAAAACAAAAUAAAACAUCAUGCAUAUCGAAGCACAUGUGGAAAAGUACCCAUAAGCACCCUGCACUGAUUUAACCCCUGAUUGUGACAAUAAUCACAAUGGUGUCAGCACGAUAUUAACACACUUUUUGUGCAGACAGACUACUUAAGGUCAUCCAGAGGUGGGUUUGUUGUCAUGAUCUGCUGCUACAUGAUCUACUACUGCAAUAGUUCAGAACCAUGACCAUUUAACCAGAGGAACUUUUGAGCUCAUGUUGAUUAUAAAGAACAAAAAAAUAGAUCUGAUUUUGUUGCGCCAUGAGUUUGGGGACGAGGCAUCCAGUAAUUUUGCAGACACUCCAGGAGAAGGGCGGCAAACUGUCAAAUUUGGUUUCAGCUACUGAGUUCAAAGAGAAGUUUGUUGAUUCAUCAGAGGAGUUCAUCUUUGUAGUUAAAACUUAUGAGACAGCCAGACCUGGAGGCUGCCCAUUUAAAGCCUCUUAUUUGACAUCUUGACUCCAUCCCGGCCUUCUGUUUUUUUUUUUUUGAUUUAGGUGCUGAGGAGGAAAAGAAUUGCCUGGCAAGCGUCUGGCCUCCAUGUUACUGCGGUGGACAUAUUGAAACACCUGUUCUGAUUUAUUGUGUUUGGGCGGUUGGCAGUGAAUUGAUUCCAGCACCCGGCUUCUUGCACAUGUACUGCCAAGACGACCCACAUGUCCACAACAUAACUCCAUCAGAUUAAAAAAAAAUGUACACACUCGCAAGAGCCAGCUAAACAACCAGAAGCGCAUACUCAUACAGUCCUGCACAGCUUACGGAUGCACUGUACUCUGACCCCUUAAACACACAGGAUGCUUAUGGGUAGCAUUCCAUUAGCGCUGCGUACUUAGGGGGCUGGACAGGAAGUCAAACAUGGUGACAGUUUGCUGGUCAAAUCCAAAAUAAGGCCCUGUUCAUACAUACCCAGUUAUCUUUAAAAAACGGAGACAUUAACCAUCAUUUGCACCCUUCGUUUAGAUGCAAACUGAGAAUUUGCCCCUGAAAAUGAUGCUUUUAAAAAACUCCGGUCAGAGUGGAGAUUUUGGAAAACUCUGUUUGCUCGUUUGCAUGUAAACAGAAAAAACUGAAGGAAGGGACAGAAGGAAGAGAAGAUGUUGUUGUUGCUGCUAUGCAUGAUUCUGAUUGGCUAACGUGGGCUUGAGCUUCUCGCUACACUGCCACCUAUCUGUUUGAUAUGCUCUUGACAGCAUAUAUACACGGGUUAGUGUAAACGAAAACUUUUCUAAAAAUGUAGUGGUGUGUUCGCAGAGAGGCUGAAAUGUCUGCUUAUAAAAAUAGCAUUACGUACAAAUUCCCAAAAUCAGAUCACAAGGACAGAAAUACAAUUUAUUAUUAUAGCCAUUAUCUGUGAUGUCGUGAACCAGAGCGCAGAGUGGAGGACACAAUGGCACGACACCAAUUCAGUUAGUCAAACAGACAGGGUUUCAUGAGGUUCAGGCAGAGGUUGGUACACAAAAAGGCAAGGUCGGAAAGGGCAGGCAAAGGUAAUAGAUGGCUUGGCAAUAACUAUGAAUAAAUGCAGGAUAGAGACAAGAAGUGCUACAAACUGGCGACGAGACACUAGCCACGUUUACAUGGGCAAAAUUUCUUGAUCUGAUUAAAAAUUUUAAGGAUCUGAGUCCACCGUUUAUAUGGAUGCAAAAUCAAAUAAUCCGAUCAUGACGUGUGUGCAUGCACCAAGCUUUAUUCAGAUUAGUGGCAUUUGGACAUGCGCAGCGUUGUCUGAUUUCGCUAAAACAACCGCAGAAGAAGAAGAGUUGUAUUUACGCCUGUGCUGUCAACAAACCAACAAACGCGGUAGUAGCUCGCUUUAUCCAGUUCAGGAUUUGUCACUUGAUGGCACCCUUGCAUACUUAUUUUACCAUUCUGUCAAAGGUUGCGCUGUGCGUGCAGAUGUGACAUCAUUACGCUGUAUGUACGUCUUAUGUUACUGGAGAAGCAAACACAGCAUCUGUAGUUGUGUUUUAUGCCAGAGUGUUAAUAAUGAAACCUCCUGUACUGGCCUCAGUAAAUAAGCCAAAGGCUAAAGAGUGAAGAUCGAGUCACGUAAGAGAGUCACAGUUGGAAUAAAUGUUUACAUGGACGCGUAUCAGAAUAAUGAUCCGCAUAAACCACCCCUAUCGAUUGGAAAAACAAUUUCUUCAGAAUUCAUCAGAAUCGUCCGAUCGACAUGUUUACAUGACGCAUUUUUAUUCCAAUCAGGCAUUUAUUCCGAUUAUUUGUGCCCAUGUAAACGCAGCUAAUGAGACACUCAAGGUUAAAUACAAUAGAUAAUGAGGGUGAUGGGAAACAGGUGGGGAGACACAAUCAGGCAACAGGUGUGACAAGAUGGGGGCAGGGCAGACCAGACAGGAACAAAACAUAGAAACAAGAGUUGAUCUAUAUAUCUGCAACAGGACCUCUCAUUAGCUACGUUUACAUGGAGCCAAAUAUUCCGAAUAUAAUCGGAUUAGAAGCCCAAUCGGAAUGAAAAUGCUUUUCCCAUUCCGAUUAAAAGCAAAAUCCUGUCAUGUAAACGGUGAAUCGGAAAGUUGUCAGGCUGGGUUCUGUCUGCGCAUGCUCUGUCCUGAUGUAAACAAGCAGUGACGUAUGACUCACAUGGAAACAUGAUGGCGGCUUCCAAGCAGAGCACGAUGCACUGGUCUGCGUCGGAGAUCACGUGAUCAAUCAAUCACGUGAUGUUUGAAGGUAUCACGUGUCUGUAAAUAGCUGUUCCGAUUGAAUGCCGUGGCACAUGUAAACACCAGAUCAGAAUAGAUCGCUUCCAUGUAAACAGUUCGCCCGGGAGCUUCAAUCGGAAUGAUUAUAAUCCGAAUGAGAAAAAAGUCUGCAUGUAAACGUGGCUAGUGUUUACCUUGUCUGAAUGUGACAGUACAACAGAGAAGAAUAAUAGUGAACACAUUAAAACCUAAAACAAAAGAAACUAUAAUUGCUUAGCAAUGCUAGAAGCACAAAAGUAACAGAAUAGUGACAGAAACCGCAGAAACACUUAGAAAAAGCUGUUGUCUGUACACUGAAUCCAGCUGCUCCAGGCCGUACUCAGCUGCGUUACGCUUCAAACAGGUCCCAGCGGGCCAGGGCGUACGCUGUCGGGUUUAAGAGGUUACAAGUUUUACAAAUAACUUAUUGAGAGAGUGAGCAACUUUUAUUAUACGGUCAUUUUGAAAGACAACAGUUGCCAAGUGUUUCACAUCAACAAAAACUCUCAGUAGAGUUCGCUGGAUGCAAAGAGAAAUGCAGAGAGUAGCAGAGGAUUGGAGCUACGGCCCCAAAAGCCCUAUCACCGCCAGUCUUGAGCCGUUGCCUGUGGGAUGGACAGCAGGUGUGGUGAGCUGGACCUUCGUGAUAGGGCUGAUCAAUCAUGAGCGCAGUCUACCCAGAAGUCUGUGUUAUGAUGUUUCGUUUCUGAGCCUCCCUCUGUUAAACAAAGGCACACGAGCAUUCAGGAGAAACAUGAGAACGAGCCAAGAGGGAGAGAACAUUUGUCCAACAGAGGGGGGAAUAGUUAAAGAGAGACAGCCAUACGUCAGUCUGCCCUGAACUCACCUUUGACAGGGUCCCACCUGUCAACAUGGACCUGAAUCAAGUUCCCUUUUCUCUGAAACCAGGUGCAUUAAACUCAGAGCGCAAAUUCCCUGCGCAGCCAUUUUUUUGGUGCUGAGCCAGAGUUCCUCUUUGUGCUGGGCUGCGUCUAUCUAUCUGGUGCAGAGACUUCAGCUAAAGAGGAGCAAAUAGAUACUCCAUCUGGCAGUUGUCUGGCCUUUGCUGUCUGUGGGACAUAUGAUGGAUUCUAGCAGGACGAGAUGCCAAAACACAAAAUAGCUGAGGUCAGUCAGUUUAGGAAAUCCCAAAAGUGGGAGAGGGCUGCAGAUCUUUGUUGUUUGGACGUUUGAGAGCGUUCCCAUGAUGGGGGUCUAAAUGUUAAACAGGUAAAAGUCUGAUGUCACACUUUAAAUCACCAAUACGGUCACCUUUUUUAUGUUUUACGCAUUAUAAGGAACACAAUCUGAAUCAGCUCCGCCCAAUCUGGUGGUGGAUGGUUGUCGUCACGAUGACGCAAGUAUAUGCUGCCCUAAUUAGAUGGUUUGGGGACCCAGACAACUGUUUGCCAAGGCCAGACGGGGUUCUUCCCUUGUGUGUCACGGUCUGACAUCACAGUCUGGGUGCAAAGACACCCUAUCAUUGGUAUGGACGGGCUGUGUUUGAGGAGUGACUGAGCCGACCUCAGAGUCCUGUCACAGUACCAGUCCGCCAUGUGGACCAAGAUUAGGAGGAAGUCGCCCAUGUGCCAAGAAGUGUGGGCUCCUCCACUAAAGCCCAGGAAUUCUUAUCAUGUUGACUUUUCAAAAGGGAUGCACCACACUGCGGUCGAGUCUGCAGCUGGGACAACAAAGUGAUGAAUGUAGCGGCUAUUGAAGAAGGGAUGUGCCCACACACUCACCUCCUCCCUCCCUCUUUCUUUCUUUACACCCUCAGUCAAUCACACACAUAAAAAACAUACGCAAAAGUGUUUUUAAAUGCUGUUGCAGCCAUCCGGGUGGAGAAAUUUAGUGAGCUACAGGGCUCUGCAGAGCCACUCUCCAGGGCUGUAGCCAUAAAACAAAAGCACUUGUAACAUGAAAGAAUUCCUGCAAUUUACAAGAGGAAGUGGAACAUCUGAGAGACCAUGUUUGAAUUCUCAGUGUGCUCUUCUGGGCGAUGUGUCAAAGCAGGGGUGGCUGAUGCUGGCGAAUAUUCCCCUCUUCCCUCAACCAACACCCCAUGAGCCAAAGCACCCUACAUCCCGUCACCCUCACUGCCUCUUAAAUGCCGAAUGUACUUCCUGUUUCCCAUUACAUGCUAUGUCUCAGUGACCAGUGAGACCUCAGUAAAACAUGUCCACCCUGAGUGCAUUCAUCCACCGCGAACUUCACUUUGAACCUCGCAGCCCCGGGGAACAUUCCUGCCUUGAAAGGUUUAUUUGGUUAUCUCUCUGAAUGUCCCACAGUGAAAUAUACAGUUAAGUAAACUCUGCUGACACAAACCAGUUGUAGGUAUGCAAUAGUAAACAGAUUGUAAGCACUCAUGGGAAGGGUUGCAGCCUGAAUCUCGGUAAUGCGCCGCAUACUGUCAUCCACGUAUGAUCAGAAAUAGCAUGUUUUUCCCAUAACGCACUGAAACUUGAAACAGACUUUUGCCUUGAGGUGAUGUGGAGUCCGAACUUUUACAGGUUCUCUUUAUUUUGUGAAAAAUUAUUGUGUCAGCUGUUUGUACUUUUACGACAACACAUGAGAUUUUGCAAGUUCUUACGCCUGAUAGAAACGAGGGCUCUUAAAAAGCAGGCGAUUCACGACCGUUCUUCGCGGAUCGGGGUGAGAGUGUAACCUGCGUGCAUUUGUGUGCGACUUUGUGUGUGUAGUUUUCCAGAAUUUGGUCUGCAUUCAUGUGGAUAAUUAUAACUUUAUGGAGAUUUUUUUCCCUCCCUUCCUUACGACCACAUCUGCAGCAGAGGCACAUAGUAGAGGAAGGGUGGAGGCCAAACUU